AUGACGAAACAGGAUGACGGCCUUUUUCUCCUGGAAGCGUUAGUUGAUAAAGUCGUAUUUGUAAAAAGUCCAUGUUUCUCGGAUAAAGAUUUCAGAACAUGCGUGAAUAUUGAAUGUUUAAGCAUAGAACCUUUAGAAAUUUGUGAUGAUGAUCCAGGCGCUUGUACUUCCAAAAGUAUGGGCCCUUUUGUAAAAAAUUUCAAUAGUGGAAAAUCAUGCCUAUUUUCUCUAAAGGAAUCUGAUAUAACUAAUGCUAUGAGUAAAUUUCCCAUUAAAGUAAGUAUUUAUAAGUCUUUGCCGUGUGGAUGCCUGCCGACCAAAAUUGUAAUGGGAGAAACGACUAUAGAUAUGACAAAAGAAUUUGUAGAAGCUCGCAAGAACUUUUUGGCGGAUCCCAAUAAUGUGAGCUAUCAAGCGCUGAAAGAUUCUUUUCGCAUCUUUGGUCCUGAUGGUACAGAAACGGGAGAGAUAGUUAUGUUCCUACGUAUAUCUUGCUUUGGAAAAUUAAUUAUCACUCGCUUCCAAGGAGGAGGUCCGCCAGCUCUAAGUGCUGGUGGUGGUAGUUCUAUUGUUGAUCGGUCGUGUAACCCUCAAAGGGACUUUCAAACCAACAAAGACCCUUGCGCUUGUGGCGCUGCUAGAGGAAAUGCAGGAACUGAAGCUGCAGGCGGAAAAGGAAGCGCCACAUGCACUAUGGGUGGAGGAACUGGAAAAGGGACCAAUGGAGUUUGCCCGCCAGCACGUGAUCCAUACAAUAUAAUGCCAUGUCAAGAUCCAGAUGAUCCUUGUUAUUGUACUGGUCCCAAACCAUCGCCCAAAGAGCAAAUGGCUUGCAGGAAUACAGAUCAAUAUUGUCUGCAUAUACCGAAAGGUCGCAGUAAGCAAUUUGAAGAAAUAGGCACGAAUCUUGGUGGCAAUGAACUAAAGAUCAAAGUGCCAGCUUCUGCGUCUAUCGUUAAGAAGAUUAGUCAAACUCAUUGCGCUAUGUCAUAUCCUUAUGCUAAAGGGGUAGAUGGUGGACCAUGUGAACCACCAUGUGGAAAAAAUCAAAUAAGUUUAGCUCUACCUAAUGAAGAUAUCUGCUGCCAAGGAGCACGCCUUGCAGACACUCAGUUUACAUGUACAACAGAAGGUUGUACUCAAGCAUCUAAGCAUGGACAGCAAUCAGCCUUGGCUCGUGGUGAUAUAAAAAAUGAUGCACCUGGCAAUAAAAAUACUUUUGUAUUAAAAGUAGCAAAAACAGCUAUGCAAGGUGAUAGAAAAUGUAAACUAGAAGUUGAGCUUGUGACACCAAAAGGACCAGAUAAAAUUCCACCAGUUGAAAAAGUUAACACAAGAUUACAAUCUGAUCUUGACUAUUGCUGUCCAACUGGGAACAAGGUGAUAUUCCAAAUGCCAUCGGACACAUGUGGCAUGAACCAUAAACAACGUGUUUAUUUUAAUAUGAAUUCUGAUGGAGUAGGUGACAUGGCAAGGGACGAACCAGGUCAACUCAUGCCUUCAAAUGCUGAGGGUUACCCUGGAGUUAUCUACGAUUUCCCUGAUCAAGUGAUAAAAUUAAGAGUUGGGAAAACUAUUGAGAUGCCAGGUGACUUGCCGAACACGCCGUAUACACAAGAAAUAACUGCAGAGCUGAAGUUAAAUGUGAUGGCGACUAUGCAAAAGGACUGCAUUGAUAUGGAUGAAAUGGUAUUAACAGGAUACAAUAAAAGAAAAUAUUUUGAAAAUUUUAGUAAACACAAUAAACGCUCCUCUGAAUCUUAUAUGGCAUAUGAAAAAUAUUCGACAUUUACAAACUACUACAAAAAGCCUAGAAAACAUAGUAUCUCAUUCUUCAAUAAAGUUAAUUCUACGUUAAAUUCUCGCAAAACUAAGAAUGAAAACGAAAUUCUCCAACCUGAAAAAGACGUUAUUUUUGGAACAAAAGAAACCGCAGUUUACAUGACUCUUUAUGACGAUUUAUUUUACAAUCGUACAUUAAGGACUCAAUCUACAGCCGGAACACAAGCUACCGCAUCAAUUAAUAAAUGUUUACAAAUACAAUUUGAAAGUAAUAACAAUGAACCAAGCAUUAAAAAUUCUAACUCUUGUAGUUAUUAUUCAUCUUGCACAAUGACAACUUUGCCAUAUUAUGAUAAUAAAAAAAUUGACAGAUUGAGAUACUCAGAUGUUUAUUUCUUUGGGCGUAAAAGAGACUCUACAAGUUCAGAAAAAAUGGAGAUGGGAAAAAAAGGAAAACAUCAAAGAUCAGGACAGACAAAUUCUAUGACCGUACAAACUAAUAAAGUAACUGGUGCAUCUACAGGAACAUGUACAAAAACAGUCUCAAUUAAAGAUGAAAAAACUUGUAAUGAAAAUACAUGUCCAGCAAUAGCGCAGCCUGCAAAAGGGGAAAUGGUAGCCACAGUAUCACACAUUAAACUUGGGCCAAGGGAACCUUGUCCAAUACAUGGUAGAGAUCCAUGUCAAGGACCUAAAUGUAUUGUGGCAUCAUCUGGUGAAGAAAAAGCUCCAGUUAAAGUUACAACUUUGAGUAAUCCAAGACGAGGGGUAUUUGAACUUGUCAUUCGUAGGAUAACAGGAGCACCUUUAGCUAAGAAUGAACUGAUGCUCGAGUGGACACCUCCACCGUGUCAACCAUCCUGCGGACAACCCUGUAUAUUACCCUGUUCACCGGUAGUGCCAUCAUGCUAUCCUACAAAAUGUAAAAUGAUCCUUUUGCUGCAAAAAACAUUGUGGAAGGCCUUGUCGGCCUUGCAAGCCACGGAGACCUUGUCCACCGUCACCUUGCAAACCUUGCUCACCAUGCAGACCAUGUAA